AUGUAUGCUGUGACUAUUAGUGAUGAGGGUGACUGCUACCGGUGUUUCCCGCCUGACCCGGGCAUUGGUACUGCUGCGCUAGGUGCUUGUGAGGCUACUGCUCUAGGUGCCAGUGAGGCUGCGCUCUCAGGUACUGCGUCGGCUUCGGCCUCCCUCACCUUCACACUUGACUCAGGGGCUUCUCGCUCCUUUCGAGACCGCACCACACUCACGCCGCUUGAUCGGCCGGUUGCAGUCUCCCUGGCUGACCCCUCUGGGGGUCCUGUCCUUGCUCACUUCUCCACUGUCCUCCCGUGUCCGGCUGCCCCCUCGGGCACCCUGUCGGGUCUGUACCUCCCCUCGUUCUCGACGAACUUGGUGAGUGGUGCUGACCUGCAGGAUGCGGGGGUUCACCAGUUUACUCCUGCGAGUCAGCGGGGGACCCACUGCUCGGACGCCCGCACAGGCCGACACCUAGCCACGUUUUCGCGUCGGCCCGGGUCGAGUCUCUACACCCUGACCACCGAGUCUCCUCCAGUCCCUGCGUCUGGCCAGGUAGCUGCGUCGGGUCAGGUGUUUGCUGCUGCGUCCAGGUCUGGUCCUGAGUCUGCCCCCUGCUCGUGUCGCCUCCUGUUUCACGAGCCUCUCUUGUGGCACCACCGUCUUGGCCACCCCUCCUUGCCUCGUCUUCGGGGCAUGGCUUCCCGUGUCCUCGUCUCUGAUCUCCCCCGGUCUCUCCCUCCCCUUCCUUCGGGGCCAGGACCUUCGUUUGUCCCCUGUGUCGAGGGGCGGCUCUGGGCUGCCCCUCACUCCUCCCAUUUUCCCCCGACAGAGGCUCCUCUGCAGACGCUUCACAUGGACGUGUGGGGCCCGGCCCGCGUCCGUGGACAGGGUCACGAGCGCUACUUCCUGCUGGUGGUUGACGACUACUCGCGUUACACCACGGUCUUCCCCUUGCGCAGCAAGGGUGAUGUCACUGGGGUGUUGAUCGACUGGAUCCGCGCAGCUCGUCUCCAGCUCAUGAGGAGCUUCCGCUCGGACUUUCCUGUUCUGCGUCUGCACUCUGACCGAGGUGGAGAGUUCUCCUCUGGCCUUCUGCGAGCCUACUGUCGUGCACGAGGCAUCCGCCAGACCUUCACGCUUCUGGACUCUCCACAGCAAAAUGGGAUUGCUGAGUGCCGCAUUGGCAUGGUCAUGGACGUCGCUCGUACGUCCAUGAUGCAUGCGGCUGCCCCCCAUUUUCUGUGGCCGUUUGCGGUUCAGAACGCGGCACAUCAGCUCAACCUUCACCCCAGGGUCUCCCGGCCGGAGACCUCCCCAGCUCUGCUGUGGACGGGGAAGGUCGGCGAUGCGUCUGCGUUCAGUGUCUGGGGAUCUCGGGCGUUUGUCCGCGACUUGUCUGCGGACAAGCUGUCCCCUCGUGCUGCUCCCUGUGUCUUCCUAGGCUUCCCCCCUGACGCCCCAGGGUGGCAGUUCUACCACCCCUCCUCUCGUCGUGUUCUGUCCUCCCAGGACGUCACUUUCGACGAGUCCGUCCCCUUCUACCGCCUCUUCCCCUACCGCACUCCUUCCCUCCCCCCGCCACCGCACUUCCUUGUGCCAGGUCCCCCCCCGGUAGACCCCCUUCCCCCUCAGGGUCCUGCCCCUUCCGGUGUGUCCCAGGUAGAUGCAGUCGAGCCGGUCGAGGUUGCUGGUGACACAGGUACUGCUGGGGGUGCUGAGCCUGGGGGUGCUGAGCCUGGGGGUGCUGACUCUGGGGGUGCUGAGCCUGGGGGUGCUGAGCGUGGGGGUGCUAAGCCUGAGGGUGCUGCCUCUGGGGGUUCUAAGCCUGGGGGUGCUGAGCCUGGGGGUGCUGCCUCUGGGGGUGCUGCGCGCGGGGGUGUUGAGCCUGGGGGUGCUGCGUCUGGAGCUGCUGAGCCUGGAGGUGUGGAGCCUGCGGCCACUGGACCUCCCCUUGUGGCGUCUGGCGGUGCUGGGCCUGGAGGUUCUCCGGCUGACGCUUCUUCGACCGCUGAGGGUGCUGGUGCCGCCGGUCCCGGAGCUGCUGGGCCUGCGGGUAAGCCUGGAGCUGGAGCUGCUGAGGGUGUUGGUUCUGAGACUACUACUGUCAGUCCUGGUGGUGGUCGUGCUGCGGGUGCUGCUGGUGCUGUUGGAGGUCCUGCUGCUGGAGGUGCUGUUGGCGCUGGUGCUGCCGGAGGUGCUAAGGGUGCUGGUCCUGUCCCUGCUGUGUCUGGUGCUGCCGCGCGGCCUCGGCCGUACUUUGUUCUGCUUCUCCAGCAGGUUCUUGGUCUUCCUCCUCUCUUAGAGUGUCCACCGCCUGUCCAGUCGCAGUCACAGUUACCGCCAGCCUCCCCACUGCCUUCUCCUUCACCUUACACUGGUCCUACUAGAGGUCUUGCUGAGCGUCGUGAGCCUGCGUCUCGUCCUGCGUCGCCUGUUCGUGCGGCUCGCACUAGUGGUCGCAGUUCGCGUCAGCGUCCUCCUCCUGUCCCUGGCACGCACCGGAUGUCUCUGCGUCCGUCCACUGCUCCUCUGCGUGCCCCUUUGCCCUCUCCUCCUGAGUCCUCUCUUCCUGCGCUUGCCGACCCUGAGUCGGACUCUCUUCGUGCUGCCAGUCCUACUGUCACGCGUCUCCUUGCUACUGUCGUCACUGACCCCUCCUUUGAGUCCACUGCUGCGUCUGCUCUUGUUGCUGAGCUCGUCGACUUUGCUGCUCGCUGUCGUCUAGACUACGCUGCUAGUCUUGUUGCUGAGUCUGCAUCUGUCUGUCCUCCGUCCGUCGGGGGUGAGUGUGCUCUUGGCACGGACGUCCUUGAGGACAGGCAGGAGGAGUUUCAGUGUCUGGCUGCUGCUUCACCUCAUCUCGCGUCUGUACUGCUUGCCCCUGAGGGAGACCCGGAUGCACUAGACAUCCCGACUCCGCGCUCUUACGCGGAGGCCGUAGAGGGUCCCUACUCCUCUGAGUGGCAGGCAGCUAUGGACGCAGAGAUGGCUUCCUGGAAGUCCACAGGCACCUACGUUGAUGCGGUUCCCCCUCCUGGGGCGAACAUCGUUAGUGGGAUGUGGAUCUUCAGGGUGAAGCGGCCGCCGGGCUCUCCACCUGUCUUCAAGGCGCGGUACGUGGCUCGUGGCUUCAGUCAGCGCCAAGGAGUUGACUACUUUCAGACCUUCUCUCCCACCUCGAAGAUGACCACUCUUCGGGUGCAGCUACACAUAGCCGCUCCGCGCGACUACGAGCUUCACUCUCUUGAAUUCAGCACUGCUUUCUUGCAGGGUAGCCUGCACGAGGAGAUCUGGCUGCGCCGUCCACCUGGCUUCACUGGGACUUUCCCUCCUGGCACACAGUGGAGCCUCCGACGGCCAGUCUACGGUCUCCGCCAGGCACCGCGUGAGUGGCACGACACACUGAGGACUACGCUAGCGGCUCUUGGGUUUGCUCCCUCUACUGCUGACCCGUCGUUGUUUCUGCGCACCGACACUUCUCUUCCGCCGUUCUACAUCCUCGUGUACGUCGACGACUUGGUCUUUGCCACAGCUGACAUUGCUGGACUCGCCUACGUGAAGUCCGAGCUGCAGAAGAGACACACGUGCACAGACCUGGGUGAACUGCGCAGCUACCUUGGCUUGCAGAUCACUCGGGACAGAGCACGCCGCACCAUUACCUUGACUCAGUCACACAUGGUGCAGCAGGUCCUUCAGCGCUUCGGCUUCACGUACUCCUCGCCUCAGGCCACUCCUCUGUCUACUCGCCACUCGCUCUCAGCUCUGCCUUCGGAUGAGUCCGUAGAGUCGAGUGGCCCGUACCCAGAGCUUGUUGGCUGCCUCAUGUACCUGAUGACCUGCACACGACCUGACCUUGCAUACCCUCUUAGCAUCUUGGCACGCUAUGUUGCUCAUGGGAGACACCGACCAGAGCACAUGGCUGCAGCGAAGAGGGUGUUGCGCUACUUGUGCAGUACGUCGGGCAUGGGGCUAGUGCUUGGAGGGCGGAGUCCAGUGGUCCUCACCGGGCACGCGGACGCUUCUUGGGCUGACGACCAGGCUACUCAGCGGUCGUCGCAAGGUUACACCUUCAGUCUUGGUUCCGGCUCUGUUUCGUGGCGGGCUACCCGCUCGUCUUCUGUUCUCGGCUCCAGUUGUGAGGCUGAGAUCUACGCCGGGGCCAUGGCUGCUCAGGAGCUUCGCUGGCUCACCUACCUGCUGACUGACCUUGGAGAGCCGCCUCGUUCUCCUCCAGUGCUGUACGUAGACAACAAGGCCAUGCUGGCCUUGUGUCGAGAGCAGUGCCUGGAGCACAGAACGAAGCACAUUGCUCUCCGCUACUUUCUUGCUCGUGAGCUGCAGCAGCGUGGUCAGUUGCGACUUGCGUACAUGGCCUCUGAGGCCAACACUGCUGAUGUUUUCACCAAGGCACUUCCGCCUUGUGAUCAUCAGCGUUUCUGCACUCAGCUGGGACUUGUCCCAGUCUUGCCUCACUUGCUCACCUCUUGA